CCUUUCUUCCUCGACUGCGGUCUAGACUCACUCCCCCUCUCCGCCAGUCAGUGCGAGAUUCGCCGCCUGCCAGCGCUGCUCUUCCCGCCAGCUCGCCGGAGGGUCUCCCAGGGUCGAGGGUCCUGCCCCUGCCCGGCUCCGAGUGCCACCUCUUCGGCUACCGACAUCUGCAUUCCCCGGCGUGUAUGGAGCAACAUCUUUAGAGAUAGCAUCUCGUCAUCCUCCUCGGCUCUUUCAAGGGUUCUUUUGCGUGUUUAAGUGGCGGUUCUGAAGGAUGCUGACUGCGUGGGUCGCUCCAGGGUCCUGGUGAAGAGUCUCAUGUGUCACGUGGAGAGAGAAUGGCCCACGGUAUGCCGACACAAGGCAAAGUGACCAUCUCGGUGGACGAGUACAGCUCCAACCCCACACAGGCCUUCACACACUACAACAUUAACCAGAGCCGCUUUCAGCCGCCGCACGUGCAUAUGGUGGACCCCAUCUCAUACGACACUCCCAAGCCGGGUGGCCACACACGUUUCGUGUGCGUGUCGGACACACACUCGCGGACAGAUGGCAUCCAGAUGCCUUAUGGGGACGUUCUGCUGCACACGGGGGACUUCACCGAGCUCGGCCUGCCCUCCGAGGUCAAGAAGUUUAACGACUGGUUAGGCAGCCUCCCGUACGAGUUUAAAGUGGUGAUCGCAGGAAAUCACGAGCUGACCUUCGAUAAGGACUUCAUGACGGAGCUGGUCAAGCAGGAUUACUAUCGCUUUCCCUCCGUGUCCAAGUUGAAACCCGAGGACUUUGACAAUGUUCAGUCACUGCUGACGAACUGUGUUUACCUGCAGGACUCUGACGUCACCGUCAAGGGCUUUCGAAUAUACGGCACACCAUGGACGCCAUGGUUUAAUGGCUGGGGGUUUAAUCUGCCCAGAGGACAGUCUCUGCUGGAUAAGUGGAACCUCAUCCCGGAGGGUGUCGAUAUCCUCAUGACCCACGGGCCACCCCUCGGUUUCAGGGACUGGGUGCCGAAGGAGCUGCAAAGAGUGGGCUGUGUUGAGCUGUUAAACACUGUCCAGAGGAGAGUUCGGCCCAAACUCCACGUCUUUGGAGGAAUUCAUGAAGGUUACGGCAUCAUGACCGACGGGUACACGACAUUCAUCAACGCCUCUACCUGUACAGUCAGCUUUCAACCCACCAACCCUCCCAUCGUGUUUGACCUCCCGAACCCCACCAGCUCUUGAGACACCUGCGAACGGCACCAAAUCCUAAAAUUCUUUCCUCGAAUUUCCUAACAACACUUCGAAAAAAAAAAA